AUGAAGUGCUCGAAGGGCAUCAGCAAGAAGAGCAAGACCAUGGAUUAUACGAACUACGCCUAUAAUGAGGCCGUGGGUCGCCUGAAGGUAAUGCUGGCGGAUAAUAACUAUACGGCCACGCCCAAAUUGGGCGCUACAGCGAGUUAUAUGCGCAGCUUUAACGAGGACUCUGGCGAUAAUUUCUCGGACAAUUUAUCGGUGAUUGAACGACCUGUUUUCUCGGACAUCUCGAAGUACUUGUCGCCUAGCCAGAAGUCACGCAUGACGGCCUAUCGGCCCAAGAAGACUUACGGCGCGGGCUAUGGCUUGUCGACUUCCAAGGAGAAUCUGACGGGCGGCUCCAUGUAUCAGGGAAGUACGCCAGUGGUUACGGAUAGUGUUCAGGCGCCCGUGGAGAUAUUCAACUUUAUAGAGAAGCAGGAGGAUUACAUUGAACAGCUGGAGAAGGAGUCCAAGUAUUGUCGGAAUGAGUUGACCAACUUGCUGGGCAAAGUCAAGGAUGUGAUCAAUGAGAACGAACAGCUGACGGAGAAUGCGCGCAGCGAACUCUCAGGCAAGCCACAGGCUGUGGUGCACGCUUCCACCACCAGUCCGUCCUCGGAUAGUGAUGAGCAUUUGCUUUAUGCGGGACGCAAGACCCCCAGCACUCCCCGCAAGACGGUGAGUGUGAAGAGUCCGCGCUACGCCAGCGCCCCCAACAUCGUCUACGAGGCGCGCAUCAGCGAGCUGGAGGCGGAGCUCAUGCAGGCGAACAUCGAUCUGAAGCGGGUGAGGGGCGAGAACGAGGAGCUGAAACGGAAGUUGGCUAACACGGACCCCCUGCUGGGCAGCGUGAAUUGCGAGACUCAUCGCAAGCAGCUGGAGCAUCUGCAGGCGGACAAAUCCGCGCUGGAGGACAGCGUUCGUCAGCUGCAGAAAUUGCUGGACGAGUCCAAGUCGCAGCAAUACAAUAGCACCACCUCGAAGCGCUAUAUCAACGAUCUGGUUCAAAUGGAGCGCUCCCAGGCGGAGCUGGAGGUGCGACAUCUGCGCGACGAGCUCGAUAGGCAGCACGAGCGCGUGCGUGAGUUGCAGCACGAGAUGGCCCGACGUAUUGCCGAGGAGCGCGCCAGCGCCGAGCGACGCUACAACAAUCAGGUGGACCAGCUGGGCGGCGAUCUCAGCAGCCAGUGGGAGCAGGUGGCGAAGCUCCAGCUGGAGAUAGAGCGUCAGAAGCGCUACGAGACGGACCUCAAGCGCGAUGUCGCCAAUCGGAACUCUCAGAUCGAGGAGCUGAAAAUGGAGCUGCGCGCCAAUCGAACCACUUUCCUCGCCGACAUGGCGCAAGUCAAUGCCGAGAAGCAAUCUCUGGAGCAGGAGAUAACGGCGCUACGCUUGCAGCUGGAUCGGGCGGCGCGGGAAUCCAAAACAGAGGCAGCGAGACUUAAUGCUGAAAUCAAUUCAUUGCGUCAGCGUUUGGAUCGUGGCGAUGCCGAUCUGUUGCACUCGAAACGUGAAGUGCUGCGUCUGAACGAUGAGAUUGCCAAUCUGGAAAAGGAGCUAGCAUAUGGUGAGCUGAAGAACGAAAUACGACCCACCAAAAAGGAUUUGGAUAAACGUAUCUCGGAAAUGCAGGACAAGCAUGAGAGGAAAUAUCCGCUUUACAAUCGAAUCUAG